AUGUCCGGCUCGCCGCCGAAACCGUGGGAGAGAGCAGGUGCCGGCGGCUCUUCUGGUAUGCCACUCACCACACCACAAUACCGGUCAUGACUGACAAACAAUGUAGCUGCCGUGCCUUCGACAGCAACAACCACCGCCACCGCGGCGACGCCGACCUCAGCUGCGCCCGCACUACCUGCCCGAUCAGAUGCCCUGAACGCCGUUGCGACACGGACAGCCUCAAAUUACUCCACGCCUCUCAACCGGCCUUCUCCAUACUCUUCGCCAUACGGCUACGGCGGGAUGUCUUCCUACAGCUCGCCCUAUAAUCGUUUCGGCGGCGGUAUGUACGGAGGAGGCAUGUACGGCGGCAUGGGUGGUUAUGGAGGCAUGGGAGGCAUGGGAGGUAUGGGCGGCAUGGGAGGCAUGUACGGCGGUGGCAUGUAUGGACCGCAAGGACCCGGACAGGAGCAGAGUCUUACGCAAACAUACCAGAACAGCACACAAGCGACGUUUCAGAUGAUUGAGAGCAUUGUGGGAGCUUUCGGUGGGUUUGCGCAGAUGCUGGAGAGCACAUACAUGGCCACACACUCAAGCUUCUUCGCUAUGGUUAGUGUCGCCGAGCAGUUUGGAACUCUGAAGCAGACGCUGGGGAGCGUAUUGGGGAUCUUCACAAUUAUGAGAUGGAUACGCGCGGCCAUUGCGAAAUUGACAGGCAGACCUCCACCUGCAUCUUCGAAGGAGCUGACGCCUGCCAACUUUGCGGCUUUUAGCGGGAACACAAUCGGACCAGAUGGACAACCUCAGCCCAAGCCAAGCAGGAAACCAUUUAUCUUCUUCGUCGUUGCGGUGUUUGGGCUGCCUUGGCUGAUGGGCAAACUCAUCCGUUCAUUGGCAGCAUCUCAAGAGCAAGAUCAGCAGCGGCAACUUACCAAUUCACCCUUCGGCGCGGUCGGCGAACAACAGCCCCUAGAUCCAAGCAAACUGGACUUCUGCCGUGUCUUGUAUGACUACACCCCACAAGCCCAACCAGGGCAAGCUUUCCAAGAAGGCAUCGAUCUUGCUGUAAAGAAGGGAGACCUCGUCGCUGUGCUUUCCAAAACAGACCCGAAUGGUCAAUUAUCCGAAUGGUGGCGGUGCCGUGCACGAGAUGGCGGUGUUGGAUACCUCCCUUCCCCAUACCUCGAGACGAUUCAAAGGCGGCCACAACAAGGACAGAUCACAGCUGCGAAGAGCGCACCUGGCAGCGAAACCAACUCUCGCGUCAACACCAUGACCGCAAGCUCUGCUGGUAGUAGAGCCAAUUCGAUGAAAAUCACGGAUCGAGAAAAGGAAGAAAUCAAGAAGCAGACUCCGGGAGUAAAAGAGGCGCCGCCUUUGGUUAAGACCAAGCAGGGUGAGGCACCGAUUGAGAGUUUCCAGCGGGCGGCUUUCAACUCGUAG